AUGGCUGAUUUCUUAGUGCUUCCGUCCCAUCCCCUUUUGAGUCGUGCGUCUCAGCCCUCGCCCUCACAGCAUUGGACAACUUCUCGCUCCUCCCUCCUACGCUACGGCACGGGGAGAUGUUGA